CGCGCCGACUAUGCUCGGAUGGAGAUCAAGUUGCGGGGGGAGCUCAGGGGUCUGCUGAGCGAUGGAAUAUCGGACGUCGCGGGUGUCCCAGGCGCGAAGAUGGCGUAUGCUAUCAAGCGGUACUGCACGGGCGUGGUCCUGCGGUACCACGUGAAGCUCCUGGGCUGGCCCGACGACAUCGUCUUCGACAACCUCAGCCGCAUCACGGGCAAGGAGCGCAUCUUGCGCCUCCUCGAGCUCUGGAAGAGCGGCGCAAUGCGCUUCGUCCCGAUCACGGAUCCAGCCGAGCUCGAC